CAGUUAUUGAUCGAAAUUUACAAUAUAUCUGACGGUUUAAUAAAUUGAUUGGCGUGAACUGAUUGGUUAAUCAACGUCGGAAUUUUCUUCUAGCGAAUGUUGCUGCAGCUGCGCACGUGAGGCUGUAAACAAACGCUGUGUAGCAGACGACAGAGGGAGUCGCGCACAGGUGCCGUCACUUGGAUGAACAGCUUCCGGAUAUCUUGCACUAUUUUGCAGAUAGGCGAAGUUUGUUGCAGCAACUACGGAUAAGAAAUAAGACCAAGCGAAAUAACUUCUUCAGAAAGGAAUGAACACAUUGUGAUCUGCUUAGUUCUGAACCGUGGAGAGAGAAUAAGAGGCCAUCGAUGGGGGGCGCUGAUUCAAAACCCGUUAAGGGAAAAUUCUCAGCCGAGGCAACCGAAAAACUCCAAGAGGUCUUCAGCAGUAUCGACCAGGAUAAUGACGGACAAAUCACAUCGAAUGAGCUGGCGGACGUCUUCAAGAAACUUGGCCUCAACACGUCCAGUAAGGACGUACAGGCAAUGAUAAAAGCUGUAGAUAAAAACGGAAGUAAAACCAUCGACUUCCAAGAAUUUGUCACGAUGAUGGCGAAGCGCAAGACGACGAGAACGGCCCGGCAGAUCGACGUGGAAGAAAUGAAGGAAGCGUUCGAGGUAUUCGACAAAAAUGGCGACGGGUAUAUUUCCCCCGACGAGCUAAAGAGCGUCCUCGAAAAUCUCGGUGAGAAAUUUUCAGAUGAUGAGGUGGAGGACAUGAUGAGAGAAGCUGACACUGACAAUGAUGGGAAGAUCAAUUACGAUGAAUUUGUCGUCAUGAUGAGCAACAAUAAAAUGUUUGGCAAAUAGAUGAAGGAACGGGAAUUCUUUGAAAGGAUGGUUAAAAACUAAGGGGGCGGAUCAUGCAUUCCGAGAAUGAGGGGUCUUCGACACCCAUAAACAACUUUCAUGGUCAGAUUCGUUUUUAGUCGCAAUAUUCAUGAGAUUGGGAAAUUUCACUGCACCGACGAUGGUGGACCCCAAAGAUAUUGUUUGGGAGCGAAACAAGGACCAGUAAAAACAAAACUUCAAAGAAAUCUGAACAAAACUUUGCGCUCCAGAGCCCAAACGUUGCGUACAUAGCACGCCCGAAUCGGCUGUAAGUACACAUCGUGUAAUCUAGUCGAUUUCAGUGUAUAACAAUCAUACAACGCACAACAACUGUAUUGGUCAAUAAGAUAAUCAGUUGAUUUUGAAUUAAUUGACUCGUGGACUUGAUAAUGACUGUAUUGAUCUUGAUGUUAGAGGACUAUGAGGAAUUCUUAGACCAGGGUAGUUAAAGUUGAUUGUCUGGAAAUGCAUGGAUGUACAUGUUGGAAAUGCAUGGAUGUACAUGUACACACAGAAUAGUUACGCUGCAAUCUUGGUAUCCGUGGAGUGUUUGUUCAGAUAGAUUUGGCAAAAGGUACUUGGCUGACCUCUUGUCACUAAACUGUAUUGGUCUAAUCACAAAUAGGCCUAGUGAUGUUACACAGCCCUGGGCAGCCGGUGUCAUAGUUGACAGGCUUUAGUUGACACCGUGAAGGAACAUUACUCUUCAGCAUUGGUAAGGCCCACCCAAAGGAUAAUAUAACACCACUAUCUUUUGGUAAAUGUGAUAUGGUCACAUUCCUGAGUUUAAGCUAGUACCUUUGGCCAGAAAUCACUUUUAAUGAAAUUUGAGCAACAACAAAUCCAUUGUGAUCGUGGAGAGACCUUUUGGAAGCUGUCAUGGCUGCGAGUACAUCAUAUUCACGAGACUUUGGGGUAUUUGACCACCAAAGUGUAGUUUCCUGUGAUUCAGAAAAGUGACUGAUAUUCUGAUGAUCAAUUGGCCAUCGACGGAGAGGAUCGCUCAUCACUGAAUUGAACGUUCCGCCUAUGUUGACCUUGACAUUGACCUUCAUAUCUUCGCCUUGGGGAAUAACCUUGACCGUGUUGAAAUGACCUUGAACUUAAUGUAAUUAUUGAUAGAAAAAUUAGUGAGGAGUAAUAUAUUUUGAACUGCGGCUCGUAUGAUAUACAUGAACGCUGUUGUUACUUUGUGUGAUAUGUGGUACUACACCUGCUUUACGUAUUCACAUCCUAUGCUAUACGGGGGUCGUGGCCAAACAACCUGUAAACUUUCAGAAAACGUCUGAAAUAAGGACGUGAAAAACCUUCUCAUGAUUUUUUACCAGUUAAAAAUUUCAUCAGACAGACAUGUCUGACUAUUCUACAGCGGCAGUAUCUGUGGCAUACACACAUGUAAACAACUUUGGUGUCCAAUACGUCUGUCUCCCUCAGUGUGUCAUGUCAUUCUGUGGCCAUAUUAUGCCGAAUAUUUGGCAUCCUCCAAACAUCUUUGAUGCUAUAUCUGAGUUCCGUGUCACUGUGGUCGGAUGAAUUUCAGGCGUUUUCGAAAUUUUUACCAUGUUUUUUUUGUACGCGAUCCCUGACAGUGGCGGAUUUAGGGGCGCAUGAAGGAACCUUAGCUGGACCUUUUAGUCUUUUCUGAGAUCCCUCCUGCGGUCCUCUUUGCCUGGGGCGGCGCCAAAAUCUCUAGAUUCGCGAUUCGCAACUUCUCAAGUCUUUACAUAUUUGUAUUCAGAGUCUAAAACCCCUCCUGGACUGCACUUGGUUGUAUUUUGAUUAUUUGGACAUCUAUUUUUUGCUUUUCUGUAUUCUACGAUUUUUAUGAAUUUUAUUGAUUAUAUUGCUGUAAUUGUCGUUCAGAGUGUAGGCCUAUUCAGAAAACCAUACACCAAACACCUACCAAAUGUUUCACCUUCUCCGAGAAGCUUGGUUUAAGGAAUUGACACCGAACUACAGGAACUACACUUGUCGUUGAAGUGUUGGCAAAAACUGAAGGUCAACUACGCCAUGCGCUCGAGCGGUGUCUGUUGUGGCAGCCAAUACCGACCGUAGUUACUGACGAAACCGUUUUUAUCACCUUUGGUUUGCUUGUGUGAAGAGGAAUUACUAGACUCCUGUACAAGGGGCCACUGCCGGCAUUUGCACCUCUUGUUUUCACAUAGAACAUGUAUGUAAAGCAAUGCAUAUGCAACAGUUUUGUAAUAAAAUAUAUAUGGCAUGCAUGGAAUAAAAGGAAAUUUAUGAUUAA